AUGAUGAAAAUAUUAUUAAUAGCAAUCAUAAUAAAUAUAAAACAAAUAUAUGCAAUUGCUUGCGAUCAUGAUCACGACGACGAUAUAAAAAAAUUCCAUAAAGAAUUUGAAAAAGAAUAUUAUAAGCAUGUUCAUAAAGAUUAACCACGUAAUCUAUAAACAGGAACACCUUAGCCAUAUCGAAUAACAGCAGACUAUAGUCCUAUUGAUUUAGUGUCGCCUGUUACAAUAACUACAGAAUAAAAAAAUUAUUUAAUAACUUUAGUAGAAACAACAAAAAUAUACUUUGCAAAUUUAAUAAAAGUAAUCCCAAAAUCUGGAAAUAAUAAAUUCCCUUCUGGAUGGUCAACUACUUGUAUUAAUGUAGCAGUACCAUCAGCCGAUUAAACUAUAGGUAUCCCUAACUCAGAUUUACAUCUUUAUAUUACUUAUUAAAAUAACCCUACUUCCACAGUACUUGCUAGUGCUAGUUUUUGUGCUAUAGAUUCUAUAUUUUAGAGGCCUAAUUUUGGAAGAAUUUAAUUUAAUAUUGGAUAAAUGCCUGCUACAUCAAUGACUUUGUUUAGAUUUAAAAGUAGAAUAGAGACAACUGUUCAUGAGACGCUUCAUGUACUUGGAUUUUCUGGAUUUGCAAUGUAAUAUUGGAUAGAUCCUAAUACAAAAGUCCCCUAUGGGUCAACUGGAGUGACUAAAAUAACAUCAACCUAAACUAUAAGAACAUUUUCUACAAAUAUUGUUUCCUCUCCUAAUAUUUUAAAGACUUCUAGAAAAUAUUUUAGUUGUCCAACUCUUUUAGGAAUGUAAUUGGAAAACGGAGGAGGAAGUGGUACUGCAGGCUCUCACUGGGAAAAAACUUUACUUUCAAAUGAAAUGAUGAAUGGAGAAUCAGUCCCAACUGAUGCUGCGCUUUCUAUUUUUACUGUUUCACUUUUAAGAGAUACUGGAUUUUUUGCUGAAAUUAAUGAAAAUUUUGCUUCUAAUAUUUAUUGGGGAAAAAAUAAAGGUUGUGAUUAUGUAAAUAAUGCUUGUAAAGGCAUUUAUAGAUAUUAGGAAUUUGUUGACGGAAAUACUGUUAAAACUUGUACUUUUGAAUAUUAAGGAUCUGGUAUUGGAGCUAAUCCAGUUACUUUAGACACUUGUUUUUAUAUAAUGCCUUAUAGUAAUAAAUUAUGUACUAAUCCUGAUAACAACUUAUUGACAGUAAAUAAAUAUGUUAAUGACAGAUAUGAAUUUUUUGGAUAUUAAUCUAGAUGUUUAAACUCUACUGCCAGUACAGGAUUGUAUGGAUUUACAGAUAGUAUGAGAUGUCAUGAUGUUACAUGCGCUCCUGAUUAUAGUUAUGUAACCAUUAAACUUAGUUAACUUAACAAAUCAAUAUAAUGUACUAAAGAAAAGUAAGUUAUAUAAGUAGACCCUUUAGAUGCAACAAAAGGAGCAAUUACUUGUCCUGACAGCUUUUAAUAUUUCUGUGACUUCUAACCACUUUGUAAAAAUUUCUGCAGUCAAAAGGGAGUAUGUGUUAAAGGAUUUUGUAUUUGUAUACCAGGAUAAAGUGGAGAAGACUGUAAUAUACCUUGUCCUAAAUAUAGUGAAAAUGGAGUCUGCGUAAAUGCAUGUUCUGCUGGAAAAUUUGCAGGAAUAGAUAAUACAUGUAGGCCGACAUGCUUUAAUGGAUUUUAUAAAAAUAAUGGAGUAUGUUCUUAGUGUCAUUCUAGUUGUAGUAGAUGUACUGGUCCGUUAGCAACCUAAUGCACAGGUUGUUAAUAUUUAACUUACUUAGAUGGUACUUCAUGUGUAGAAACUUGCCCUUCUAAUAAAAUACCAAACGAAUAAACUAAAUUGUGCGAAUCAUGCUCUACUGGAUGUUCGGUCUGCACUUCAUCUACUACUUGCUCAUAGUGUGAUGCAUCAUUAAAUUAUGUUUUAAGUAAUGGUAUAUGUGUUAAAAAUAUGAUUUGUGAUCCUUCUUGCUUAGCAUGUAGUGGAACUGCUACUUAUUGUACAAAAUGUCCGUCUCCUUUAUUUUUAGAUAAAGUUCUUGCAAAAUGUGUCGUUUCUACAUCUUGUCCAUCUACUACUUUUGCCAAUACUACAAAUUAAGAAUGUACGAAUUGUACAUUAACAGGAUGUACUAAAUGUUUAAAUUCUAGUACAUGUAGUACUUGUGCUGUUGGAUAUAGACUAGUAGGAUCUGUUUGCUCUAAUUGUACUUCUCCAUGUUUAACCUGUUAAUCCACUAGUUCUACAUCAUGUCUUUCGUGUGAAUUAAUUACAUAAUUUUUGAAUGGAACUUCAUGUGUAACAACAUGUCCUGUAGGCACAUAUCCUGACACUUUCACUAAAUUAUGUAAAGCCUGCUCUUUAACAGGAUGCUCUGCUUGCUCAAGUGCUACUGUAUGCACUACUUGUGCUAGCGGAUAUACACUUAGUAGCAAUAAUUGCGUAAUCCCUUCUUUGUGCACAUCUCCUUGUAAAACAUGCUAUUCUACAGACAAAACUAUGUGCACUUCUUGUAUUUCAGGAUAUUAUUUAUUUUAUUAAUAUUGUUUUACUACAUGUCCUUAAGAAACUUAUUUAGAAACGGCAACAGGAAUAUGUUAAUGGUGUUAAUAUGGUUGUUUAAAAUGUGUAAACGAUACUAUUUGCACUAUAUGUGAUACAUCAUAUGGAUGGUAAUUAUAUAAUAAUUAUUGUAUUGAGGCUACUGAAUGUUAUGCGCCUUGUAAAACUUGUGUUUCAUAUAAACCCACUACUUGUACUGCUUGCUAAACUGGAUAUGUAAAUAUAUAUUUAUUAUUUCAUAUAUUUAUUUUAAUAUUUAGUAUUUGUCUCUUAAUUAAUGUUUAACAUAAUGCCCUAAUGGAACAAAGCCAACUACAGGUAUUUGCUGACGUCCAUUAUUUUAAUAAAAAAUAAUAAUAUAUAUUUAUAAAAGAUUUUUAUUUUACAUUAUAAUAUAAUAUAAAACUAAUUUUUUUUUAUAAAUUAAACCAAUAUUUUAAUAUUUUAAAAAUAUUUAUAUAAAUUUUAAUUAAUAAUUUUAUAUAUUACAAUAUUAUAAUAUUAAUUUAUAUUUUCUUUAAUAAAUAAAAAAAAUUAAAUUAAAAAUCAAAAAAUUUCAAUAUGCACACUUAAAUAUAAAUAUUAAAAUAUUGA